AUGCUCCAGGAAUUCUGGAGAAAUGAAUUGGCGGAAGAUGCGGAGGAUAUAGCUGAACGAAGAAUGCUCCAACUAUAUGAGCAGCGACAAACGGUAUGUCAAAGAGCUCAAAGUUCUUCCGGUAGAACACAGAGGAGAAGGUAUUUGAAUCGGGAUCUUGAAGUUGGACAUGCUUGUCUUUUCAAUGAUUACUUUUCUAAUGAUCCGGUAUAUCCUGAUGACAUAUUUCGACGUCGAUUUCGAAUGAAAAAAGAGUUAUUCCUUCGUAUAGUUGAUGCCGUGAAAAAUCAUUCCGAAUAUUUUCAAUGGAAGGUCGAUGCAGCGGGGAAAAAAGGUUUGUCACCACUUCAGAAAUGCACAGUGGCUAUUCGUCAAUUAGCGUAUGGAGCCCCUGCUGAUCAUUAUGAUGAGUAUCUACGGAUUGCUGAAACAACUGCCAUCCAAUGUUUAUUCAACUUUUACCGAUGUGUAAUUGAAGUGUUUAAGGCCCAAUAUUUAAGAAGACCUAAUGCUGCUGAUAUCCAACACUUGCUUGAAAUGCAUGAGCAGAGACAUGGUUUCCCUGGCAUGUUGGGCAGUCUUGAUUGUAUGCAUUGGCAAUGGAAAAAUUGCCCCGUCGCUUGGAAAGGGUCACGUAAUGAUAUCAAUGUGCUUAAUGAAUCACCGUUAUUCAACGACGUCUUACAAGGGAAUGCACCCGAGGUUAAUUUCACGAUUAAUAAUACACAAUAUACAAAAGGAUACUAUCUGACCGAUGAGAUCUAUCCAGAAUGGGCUACUUUCGUCAAGAGCUUUCCAUGUCCCCAGGAUCCCAAAAGAAAAAUAUUUAAGGAACGACAGGAGGCUGCGAGAAAGGAUGUCGAGAGGGCAUUUGGGGUGCUCCAAUCACGAUGGACAAUGAUAAAAGGUCCAGGACGAUUUUGGUACAAGGAUAAUUUGAAGGACAUCAUGUAUACAUGUAUUAUUUUGCACAACAUGAUUAUUGAGAAUGAGGGAGAUGCAGUAGUCAAUUGGUCGGAUGAUGAAGGAGAUUCUCAAUCACAAAUAUUUCAAGGCUCCACUCAAGAAUUCCAAGCAUAUAUCCGUAGAAAUUACGAGCUACGUGAUAAUCAACUACAUCAUCAACUUCGAGCCGACUUAGUUGAGUAUAUCUGGGCACGCUAUAAUUGUAAUCAGUGA